CACAACAAAACCUCUGUGGAUGAGGAAGGGGCCACGCUGGACUUGGAGGCUCACCUCGCAGUGGACCUGGAGCCUCCGUCUCUCUCCAUCUACCCCUCCCCGUCUGCCUCUCGCUGUUCCCGGCCAGGUGGUGACCGUCCACUGUGAGGCAUCCGGCUUCGCCCCCCUCUCCCUGGAGGUGAGCUGGGAGUUCACAGGGGCUGAUGGGACGUCGAGGUCCCUGGGAUCAGGCAGCUUGACGGGCCACAGGCAGGCUUGGGAUGGCACCUUCAGCCAGAGGAGCAAGCUGGAGCUGGACACAAGCAAACUGGACCUGGGCAGAGGAGGGGAGGUCACGUGUGUGGCUGUCCAUUCAGGAGGCACACGGCGAGCCAGAGUGACCCUCAAUGUCACUGCGAAUAUUGGAGGAGCCCCUCGUUGCUAUUUCAGCUCUCAUCCGAAUAACUUCAACCUGCUUUUACCUUCCCUGGCUGCUCCUGUCCCUGAGUCUGACAGCGUGGGAAAAUCCCGGAGAGCGGGCAACCAGCUAGCUUACCGGACACCUAAUCCACCUCACCGGGCCCAGAAUUGGGCCCGUGCCGUAAAAAACUAA